UCCGCUGAAUGUCCGCUUCUGAUACCGAGCAGGAUUAGUGAGCAACACCCCGGGACGACAUCGGCUUCUUACUGUGUCGGUCACCGGGUUCCACAGUUUGCCACGAACAAAGGAUAGCCUUACUACUUACACCACUUGGGAGAUUUAGGGAUGAACUGAGGAUGAAUGUAAACCAGCACACUCCAAUGGCCUCUCCAUACGGCCAGCCCCAGCCUGGCUAUAGUCAGCCUGGCUACGCUCCCCUGGAUGGGGGAUACCCCGCCCCGUACGCUCCCUACAACGGCCCCGCUUCAGCCUAUCAGCCCGGGGCGCCACCACAAGGUUAUUCUCCUUUCACAAGCUUUCCCUCUAAGGCUGUGGCAGCCAACCCAGUCUCUGACCUCUCCUCUCCUCUUGACUUAGGCAUUUCAGGUCCUGCCAGGGGUCCUCCCACAACCGGACCCCCUCCUGUCUCAGCACCUCAGCAGUAUAAUCAGUACAGUCACAGUCAAGGGGACGUGCAAAAUGGGCCCCCGCCCAUGACACAGGCACAACCCAGGCCUCCUGUGUCUCAGCCAUACAACCCGGGAGCUAUGAACCUGUCAGGGCCUCACCCCUCCUAUCCCCAACACUACGGGCCUCCACCCACGAUGCAGCAGGUCACUAACCAGAUGUCUGGGAUGCAGGUCACCUCGGGACCGCCGACCCCAGCUGGUCCAGGAUAUGCUCCACCUCACAGCUCCCAGCCUCCCGUCAGCACCGCCUACUCGGCUGCGCCUCCGCCCUCCUACACCCAGGCUCCUCCUCCUCCCGUGUCCUCUGCUCCUUCCCAGCCUCCACCUCCCAGUGGCCCUGCCGCUUCGCAGCAAUACUACGGAAGCCCGCCGCCUCCUUCUCAACAGCCAUUCAACUCUUCUCUCCCCCCUACCUCUCAACAGCAGUUCACCUCUUCUUCUGUACCGCCGCCUCCUUCGCAGCAAACUUUACCUCCAUCCUCCUACUCGGGUCCCGUGCCUCCACCCAGUCAGGCCCCUGCUCCCCCGGUGUCCCUGCCGCAGCAGUCCUUCCCUCCAUCCCAGCCUCCUUUCUCCUCAGCGCCACCACCUGCUAGCCAGCCCGCUUUCGCCGCCGGCCCACCUCCCACUGCCCCGGUCUCCUUCCCACCUCGAGCACCUCCACCUUCCUCUCAGCCUGGGUCUUUUCCUCCUCCUGGUCCUCCUCCCACCUCAGCCCCCUCUUGCCAGUACCCAGGCCCCAUGCCACCACAGCAGCAGCCCCCUCCAUCCCAGCCGUUCCCCUAUCACUCAGGGCCUCCUCCUCCCAGAGCUCAAAUGCCCCCCACUUCCAUGGCUCAGAGCAACCACCUGCCUCCAGGACCACAGGGCCCACCAGGCCCUCCUGGGCCCCUGCAGCAGCCUCCAUCCCAGCCUGGCAUGCCGGCAGGAUACCCUCCUCAGCAGAACGGUGCGUUUGGGCAGGUGAGAGGCCCUCAGCCUGGCUAUGCAGGCCCUUAUCCCGGGCAACCAAACUACGGAGCCCCCGCACCGGCGCCAGCUCCUGCUCCACCUGCACAGAAAAGACUUGACCCAGAUGCCAUUCCUAGCCCGAUCCAGGUAAUAGAGGACGACAAGGCAAAGAGCACUGAGCCAUUCACCACAGGGGUCAGAGGUCAGGCCCCACCGCUGGUCACCACCACCUUCCAGGUCAAAGACCAAGGAAAUGCCAGUCCCAGGUUUGUUCGCUGUACGGCCUACAACAUGCCUUGCACAGCCGACAUGGCCAAGCAGUCUCAGGUGCCGCUGGCCGCCGUCGUCAAGCCCCUCGCCACGCUGCCGCCUGAUGAGACCCCUCCGUACCUGGUGGACCACGGCGAGGGCGGUCCAAUCCGCUGCAACCGCUGCAAGGCCUACAUGUGUCCGUACAUGCAGUUCAUAGAAGGAGGCCGCCGCUUCCAGUGUGGGUUCUGCAGCUGUGUCACAGAGGUGCCUCCACAUUACUUCCAGCAUCUGGAUCACACCGGCAAGAGGGUGGACUGCUACGACAGGCCGGAGCUUUCACUGGGCAGCUACGAGUUCCUGGCAACUGUCGACUAUUGUAAGAACAACAAGCUUCCACAGCCUCCAGCCUUCAUCUUCCUUAUCGACGUGUCCUACAACGCUGUGAAGAGCGGCAUGGUCAACAUCGUCUGCCAGGAACUCAAGACCCUGCUGGACUACCUGCCCAGGGAGAACCCAGAGAUGGAGUCUGCAGUGCGGGUCGGUUUCGUCACCUACAACAAGGUUUUGCACUUCUACAACGUCAAGUCGAGCCUGGCCCAGCCGCAGAUGUUGGUGGUGUCGGACGUGUCGGACAUGUUCGUGCCCCUGCUCGACGGCUUCCUCGUCAACGUGAACGAAAGCCGGCUAGUUAUCGAGAGUUUGCUGGACCAGAUCCCAGAGAUGUUUGCAGACACCAGGGAGACGGAGACGGUCUUUGGACCUGUCAUCCAGGCAGGACUGGAGGCACUGAAGGCUGCUGACUGCGCAGGGAAGCUGUUUGUGUUCCACACCUCUCUGCCCAUCGCAGAGGCUCCUGGCAAACUAAAGAACCGGGAGGACAAGAAGCUGAUUGGGACGGACAAGGAGAAGUCUCUGUUUCAGCCGCAGGUGGGUUUCUACAACACUCUGGCUAAGGAGUGUGUCGCCCAGGGCUGCUGUGUGGAUCUGUUCCUCUUCCCCAACCAGUAUGUGGACGUUGCCACGUUAGGGGUCGUUCCUGUCUCCACUGGAGGGUCGGUCUACAAAUACACCUACUUCCAGGCUCAGUCGGAUCAGGAGCGAUUCCUGAACGAUCUCAGACGAGACGUUCAGAAACUCGUGGGUUUCGAUGCUGUAAUGAGGGUGCGAACCAGCACAGGUAUUCGAGCGACAGACUUCUUCGGCUCCUUUUUCAUGAGCAACACCACAGAUGUGGAGCUGGCGGGCCUGGACUGCGACAAGGCCAUCACCGUCGAGUUCAAACACGACGACAAGCUCAGCGAGGAGACGGGGGCGCUCAUGCAGUGCGCCGUGCUGUACACCAGCUGCAGCGGCCAGAGGCGUCUCCGCAUCCACAACAUGGCGGUGAACUGCUGCUCCCAGCUGGCUGACCUCUACCGCAACUGCGAGACGGACACAAUCAUUAACUUCUUCUCCAAAUACGCUUUCCGUGGCGUCCUGAACAACCCCACUAAGGCGGUGAGGGACACUCUGGUCAACCAGUGCGCUCAGAUUCUGGCCUGCUACAGGAAGAACUGUGCAAGUCCUUCGUCUGCUGGUCAGCUCAUUCUCCCGGAGUGCAUGAAGCUGCUCCCUGUUUACCUGAACUGUGUGCUGAAGAGCGACGUGCUGCUGCCGGGAGCCGACGUCUCGUUGGACGACCGGGCUUACCUGAGACAGCUCAUCAGCUGCAUGGACGUCGCGGAGACUCACGUCUUCUUCUACCCCCGUCUGCUGCCGCUGGUGAGACCACGAACACAACACCGUUCACUGCUGGAUGCUGUGGUUAAAAAAAUAAAAAGAAUUUCACGCUAGAAUCAGCCCCCCAUCACACGGCCGGUCGGCUUGUGCACCGAAUCAUGGCACACUUGAAAUAACAUCAGCUCUGUGGAAACGUGAGGCCAGGAUGACAAAAGAGUUCAAAUGCUGUGUUAGGAAGAGGG